UGUUUUGACGGUGUUUUACGCUAUGGCGCGCGGCGUGUAAGCCGAUAGUGCGUGUAAUAAAACAACAAUUUUUUUUCAUGAGUAACAAAUUUUUUAUCAUUUUAUGAUAUCCUAAGAGUUUUUUCUCUAUUCCUCUCCGUCAGUUUCAGUGGAUGUUUUGCUUCCAUUCGACCGGACCAGGCGAGACUCGAAGAUCAAGUACCUAGAUAACAUCGCGCGCCCGAGUCUGUUUUCGCAAAACUGCACAUCACGCGGGGCACCGGCCGACCGACCGAUACGCACUCCGGUCUCCGGCACUCGACGGGCACAAGCGAAGCGAGAACGGAGGUGGUGGCGUUAACGACGACGGACGAAGGAGCUGCUGAUGCAGAAGGUGACGUCUUAACCAGCGAGCGAUCGAGCCCCGACGACCAUCGUCACGCGUGUGUCGAAAGCACUACACGCGCGCGAAAAAUCCCCCCCCUUGAGGCCGCCGACAGAGAGUUGUAACGGCGUAUUUCGCCCGCUCCUCCGUGCCCCGCCACCGCCACCACCACCAACAACAAUCGAUACCGUCAUCGUCGUAGUCGUGAUAGUAGUAAAACGUUUUCGGUUAUAAUAGUGCGACGCAUCGUUUGUAACACGCGCAAUUUUUGUAUUUCCAUUUUGGGUUUUUAUAUUCUAUUUUUUAAUGUCGUUUUUCCGCCCCAUUGUUUAAUAUCGUUUAAAAUAUUUAUCAUUCCGUUGCGGUUUCUCUGUUCGUGGUCGCGUACUCGUUAUACCUACACACGUCCGCGACCGCUUCAACUGGUGACGACCACGGCGAUUAUUGCCUCUGUUACGUUUUAACGCGCUGUCCAUGGUGGUUCGGUCGCAACAUCGGCCUGCCAUCUGAUUCGGGAUUCGUUUCACAGUGCGCACACACACUCGCCCAAAAUGCACCACGCUACCGCCAUGGUUUUCCAGGAGAACAACAAGAGAUCGCUGUUCCUGGGAUCGUUUGUCCAAGUCGGAGCAGGCAUAGAGAGAUUGAUGAUCCAGAAUAGCGACGGGGCCGGCGAAGACGAGUCUAUGGAAAUAUUCGAUCUCGCAGGUAACCAACACAGUGAUAACAUGCCCAGCGAAACCGUCAAGCAGAUGUACAACGCGUCUGCUGAAGAAAUCAGGAAUACCACUCCAAAAUAUAUAUCAUGCUGUAUGAAAUUUGUGAUAAAGGAUCAUUUAGAAAUGAUUCCGGACAUACUCACAGUGAUAGAAAAAAUGACAAAAGACGAAGACAAGCUGAUGCGGUUCGACACGGUCAGUACUGUUGGUUAUUUAUGCACAGUUUUUCACCAACACGAGAACCUCAGAUCUUACAUACAUUCUUUCUUACUCCCAGCUAUUAUCAAAGCAUUAUCUGACCCAGCAGAACAGGUAAUAAUGCGUGCUCAGAUGGUUCUCACUUACAUUAUAAGUAAAGGUGUGAUCAACAACAAGACCGUUGAAGACAUUGUGUGUCCAGCACUUAUAUUAGCGGCCAAUUCCACAGAUGAUCUCCAUGUACAAAAUAACAUUGUUACGUUAGUAGGAAAAAUUGUUCUGAAAAUAAAUGACAAUGUGCUGUGCAAAACUGUAUUGCCUUUCUUAAUCAACAAAAGCCAUAGUGAUUGUAUAUAUGUCAGACUCGCUGCUUUAUUGAGUUUUCCUGAACUUGGCCAUGCAUUGGAUAUAGACCAUAAAAUCAAAGUAUUGUUGCCUCGUUAUUUUGAGAUGUGUAAUGACCGUGUGGGCACUAUUCGGAAAACAUGUGCUGAUAUUAUUACUCCAUUAUCAGUAUGUUGUGAUGAUGCUUUGAGGCAAGGGCCAAUUACUGAUGCAGCUGGACGAUUACUUAGUGACAGUUGUAAAUUUGUACGGCAGACAGCAUUAGAAAACUUAGGUCCAUUGAUUACUACAUAUGCAAGUCCUGCUGUUACAUCAUUGGUCACUACACGCACUUUAAUUCUGAUGAUGGUCAGUAAUUUCACUGAUGAUUUACAUUAUAUUACUAUGAAAUGUCAAACAAGUCAAGAAUAUUUUAAGGCUACAGAAUUGUUAAUGGAUCGAGAAAAACCCUGGUCAAAUGAAACUACGAUGAAAAAUGAUAAUAAAUUUUGGGUUGCUGAUUAUAAUGUUAAGACUGAAUCUGAAGAAUUAUAUAGCACUUUUGCUUAUUGGAGAGAACCCAUCUGUGAUACAAAAUCAUCUUUUAGUUUUGAAAAUGAUUGUGAUGAUAGGGAAUCUGAAGUUGAACGACUUCAAACCAUGAUACCAAAUAAGUUAUGGUAUGUGCCAAUGAAUAACAAUUCUAAUUUAAAUUGCACUGAAAUGAAAAAAUCUGAGUUUGAAGUAAAACCGAUUUUAGAAGAAGGUAAUGGAGAUUCUAAACCUUCAGCUACUGAACUUAAUGGUCCUGAUCUUGUUGUACCUGCAUUAUUGCUUGAUCAUUAUGCUGACAUGGCUGGUGCAUUUGAUGACAGUGAUCUUGCAUCUCAAUGUGCAUGUAUGUUACCCGCAGUGCUUGUUACUAUAGGUCCUACUCACUGGCCAUUGCUCCGACAUACUUACUAUGUUUUAGCUUCACACAGAUCUUGGAAAGUUAGAAGAAAGGCUGCAUCUUAUAUACAUAAAUUGGCUAUUUAUAUUGGUGAAGAAGCUACAUCCAGAGAUCUCUUACCAAUAUUUGAGUCUCUUGUAUUGGAUUUAGAUGAAGUACGAUCUGGUGCUAUAGACAAUUUUGCUGCUUUUCUGAAGAUGUUAUCGGUGACUGUGCGUAGUGAUUUGGCGCCUAUGAUGUGCCGUUUUUUGAAAACUGAUUAUGAAUGGAACUGGCGUUUCAGACAAAAUUUCUGCGAACAAUUAGCAGAGUCUUUACACUUAUUUACACCGCUUGAUAUGUAUCAUCAUAUACAUGAAGUGUGUUUGUCCUUACUCAUGGACAGAAUAUCAUCUGUGCGUCAGUCUGCAUUAUCACUGGUUCCUGAAUUAUUGGUGGUACUUAAUAAAAAUCUUAGUCUAAAACGAUUGAUGUUGAAUGAACUAGUUACACGUUUUGGACGAGCAGACUUGUGGAGUAGACGACAAAUGUUUGCCCAAAUAUGCUCUUACAUAUUGAACUACGGUGACCGGUGUCUAUCUACGAUAGAUUUCAAUAAUGAAUUAAUGCCAUGUUUGCUAAACUUGGGUUCUGACCGUGUACCAAAUGUUCGAUUAAUGGUAGCCAAGACUCUAUAUACACAAGUUGCUAACAACUCGGUGUUUAUGGAUUUACAAAAUCCUCAACAUAAUGUACUUACUGAAACCUUGACAAGAUUAAGAAGAGAUGAAGACCGGGAUGUUCGUUACUUUGCUGAUAGCAACCGGGGCUUUGGUAUAAGUGCCAAUUAGUUUGUAUUAAUUUACAUAUGCGAUUUCUUUUAUAUACUUUUUAAUUUUACAACAACAGUUAUUCACAAUAAAUUUUAUCCAAAAAUGGCUGUGCCAACAUUAAUGCAUAUGAAAAUAAACUUAAUAUGAUUAUUAUUUAUAAAAAAUAUUUAUUAUUAUUUUUAUUGUUAUUAUUAUUAUAAUAUUAAUUGAGAUAUAUAUAUAUAUAUAUAUAUUUAUUCAUAUGAAUAACAUUUUAUUUUUGCAAUAUAAUAUUUUAAUGUUUUUAU